UAAGCCAUUGUCCAGUGGCAACACAUGAGAGCUUCACCAGCACUUUCCAAUCAAAACCAACCCAAAAACUCAUCAAAUUCAUAUGAAAAUCAAAUCAAAUCAAAUCUAUAUCCAAUUCCCACUUGUCACUUCAUUCCUUUGAUAUCAUCUAAAUUCCCAAAUCUUUCAUCUUUUUACAUACAAAACUCCCUUUUGAUCACAUAUUUUACUUCAUGUUAUAUUAUUCUUCAUCUUUUCACAACUUUGUUGUUAGUUUCCAUCAAGGUUUUGAUCAACUGUUUUUGAUCCUUUUUUUGUUCAUCUUUUGACAACUCUGUUGUUAGUUUCGUCGGUUUUCGGUUUUCGCUUUUUGCCAGAAGCUGACCUGAAUUCUGUUAUCUGUUAGUUUCAGACUUUUCUGUUAUAUGCUAUACCCCCCCCCCCCUACUAAUUAAAAUCUAAUUAUAAAAAAAAAUGAAGAAAGUUUCUAUUGUUUCUUUCAGUGUUUGACCACAUGUGGUUGACUUGAAAUUUGAAGAUACUUGCAUAAGAACUUUAUUCGGCGAAAUUGAUCUCGGUGUCCACGGUUUAAUUUAGGGAGAUUGUAAUUUAUGGAGCGCGAGUAUUCUGCGCGAAGUGUUUCGAGUGAUGAGGGAUCCGAUACAGGAAGCCAAUAUAGAAUGGAAUCCGUAGUGUAUAUGUCGUCGUGUGCUGCGACUGUCUUCGUUGGCGCACUCGUGAUAGUUGCGAUUAUGUUAAUGACUUUAUUAACCUCACUGAGUGUAAUGCUACAAUCAUGUAAAAGUAGAGAAGCCGGAGUUCUUGAAAACGAUCAUCAUCAUCGUCACCAUCAUCAUCUGCGGCAGCAGCAUCGUUAUGAUUAUGAUUAUUGCAAAAUGGCUGCUUUAAACGCGGAGAUUAGCAGCUUUGACGCGUAUACUUUGCCUGAAUUUUGCAAGGAUGCAGCUGUUAAGUACAUAAAAGAAGGUCAUUACAUGAGAGAACUAAACGAUUCGGUUUCGCUAGUUGAGAAUUACUUUCAUGGGGUCGUGCCGCAUGAUGGUGGUCAUGAUGUCGUGUUGAUGGACAUAGAUGACUUCCUUCCCGCCAACGCUUUGCAUACCAACCCGAUGCUAUACGGAUACAAUCGAUACGGUUGUGAUGAUUGUGUUAGAGAGGCGAAGCAUAUGAAACAUGUUUUCUUGAUCGAAUUGUACGCAAAACUUGAAUCUGGUGGAUGGCCUUUGAUUUUGUUAUCGAGGAAGCCUGAACAGCUACGCGAUGCUACCGUUGAUGACCUUAAAUCGUCGGGAUGUCGUGGGUGGUUAAAAAUAAUCAUGAGAUCAGACGAGGGUAUGAAAACAGAUACUCGCGAUUACUUUCUAAAACAGAAAACGGCGAUUGAAGUAGAGGGUUAUCGCAUCCGGGCUGUGAUUAGCAGCCAUAUGGAUAUGUUAGUAGGAUCAUUUAUCAAAGCACAAAACUUCAAGCUUCCCAACACUCUUCCUGUUGCUCCAACUCAUGCCAUUAUAUAAGUUUCUAUAGCAUUGUAUAUAAGUUUCUUGUAAGUAUAUUUUUUGGGCUACAAGCAUGGGAAUCAAGAAGAGAUUAUUUUUUUUUUCUA